AGAAGAAGAGCAUGGUGGGCUUGGCUACCCAGCCGGCCCAUUAGCCAUUGGUGUUCCAUUGUCUUCAUCGUCGAUCAGAACUUGGAGGAACAGAAGAAGAAUCAAUCUUCUCUAAUACACUACUGAUGAAAGUCUGUCUCGAAUCACAGUUGAGGCUGAAAAUAGGAUUUGAACUUGGCAAGAAAAAAUGCUCAGAGCAACGCGGCUUCCAUCUCCAGCAGCAGCAACAGUCUCUGCUCUCAGACCUUCUCUCGUUCCAUUCCAAACCUUCUCUUCCCUCCAUUGUUAUUCUCACCUUCGUAAACUCGGUGCCUCUCCACCUCCACUCUUAAACCCUUUGUGCAGAAGAACCCUUACUUAUCCACCUUCUCUUGCCUACAAUAGGGCCUCUUUCUCCAUGCCAAUGGUGCCGGGUCGUCCACGCCCCAUAGCUUUAUCCUCUCCUGCAAGUGGCUCCGGAGUUGAAAGGGAAUUACUGGUACAACACUUGCUUGUCAAAGAAGGUGAUGAAAAUCUUCUGGUGGACUUUCAGCGGCGAAUUGCAAGAGGAGAGGAUUUGGGUGACCUCGCCGCUGAGUACUCAAUUUGUCCUUCCAAACAGGAGGGAGGACUGCUUGGAUGGGUGAAAAGGGGACAAAUGGUCCCUGAAUUUGAGGAAGCUGCAUUUACUGCCCCUCUAAACAAAGUUGUGAGAUGUAAAACACAAUUUGGAUGGCAUUUACUGCAAAUUCUCUCUGAGAGAGAAGAAUGUGUGCUUCGUGAGAUUCAACCGAAGGACUUUCAUGUCAAAUUCCAAGAUCCAGAGUUUCUUGAGGAGGUUCAGUUGAUUGAUGUCCGAGAACCUGAUGAAGUGGCCAAAGCAUCAUUGCCAAGUUUUGAAGUUCUGCCACUCCGUCAGUUUGGAACUUGGGGUCCUGAAAUAACUACCAAACUUGAUCCUCAGAAGGACACAUAUGUUAUGUGCCAUCAUGGGAUGCGGUCAUUACAGGUAGCAAAGUGGCUGCAGAGUCAGGGAUUCCAGAGGGUGUACAACUUGACGGGAGGAAUACAUGCAUAUGCAACCACGGUCGACCCAACGGUUCCCACUUACUAAUAGUUUACUCUAUUUAAAAUAGCAAAUAUAACUGAAAUCUCAGGCCCGGAUAAAUUCAUCCUCUUGGGUCGAAUAGCUUCAUCGCCUGACGACUAUGAUGAAAUUGCUGGAACAAUACAACCACCUGAAAGCCCUAACAUUUCAAUCGAGAUUCAUCACCAACUCUCCUGUUUUGCAGCGUUCAACGGCACCAGCAUUAGCUGCCACGGUGACAUUCCCCGACGAAAAACCAACGCUCACAGAUGAAGAAAUAACCAAAAUCAAUCUCCUAAUCCCGCGCCUAUGCCUCUCGAACACGAACCACCUCCCCACAGCAAUCCAACUAAUGACAACAGCUCUCCUUACAAACCCACCUCUCCAAUCCCUCUCUUUAUCCAUUUUCAUUCACUCCCUCACCUCAGAACCCGACAUGGCUAAACCCAUGUCACUCCUCACCGUCCUAAGGCACAACCCAAGUGCCCAUGCACAUCUAAGUCCCACCGCUUCCAUGCUCGUCUCUUCCUAUAUGAGAAGGAAGCGCCCCAAAGAGGCGUUGAAAGUGUACCAUUGGAUGCUUAGGCCUGGCUCUGCUUGUAAAAUAGGAAAGGAUGUGUACGGGGUUUUGGUUUAUGGGUUUUGCAACCUGGGUUUGGUUCUUGAUUCCUUGAAGGUUAUGAGGGACAUGGUGGAUGAGGGGUUGCUACCUGGGAAUGGAUUGAGAAGGAUUGUUAAAAAGGAGUUUGUUGUGGGAAGCCAGAGUUUGUGAGGCAGUUGAGCUAGACACAGCCUUGAGUGCCUGCUACACUGAAGGAGCUGCUGGCGAAUUUUAUACGAAACUACUGAACUUGUUAGAUUCCUUGAUUGGGAAUUGGAGGGAGCAGGAAAAGGUAUCGUCUUCAGUUCGUUUCUAAAUGGUUCUGUACAUUGGCAUUAAUGGUUAUGGCUUAAUUUUGAGAUUGAUGAUGUGUUAAUUACUGUUCAGAAAAGUAUUGCACCUGUUGGAUUCUAUGUGCUU